AUGAGAGUUCAGAUUGUGAAUGAGGUUAACAAGAAUUUUGUCAUUGAGGCUUUGAGAUCUAUUUCGGAGUUGAUAACUUACGGUGACCAACAUGAUACUGCCUAUUUCGAGUUCUUCAUGGAGAAGCAGGUCAUGGGAGAAUUCGUACGCAUAUUAAGAAUUAGUAGAACUUUGAUUGUUUCACUCCAGCUAUUGCAGACAAUGAGCAUAAUGAUUCAGAACCUGAAAAGUGAACAUUCCAUAUAUUAUAUGUUUAGCAAUGAACAUCUGAAUGACCUAAUAACUGAUCCGUUUGACUUCCGAAACGAAGAGCUAUUAUCUUACUACAUAUCUUUUCUAAGGGCAAUAAGUGGGAAGUUGAACAAGGAUACAAUUUCUCUCCUUGUGAAGACAGAAAAUGAUGAAGUAGUUUCUUUCCCUCUUUAUGUUGAGGCAAUACGGUUUGCUUUCCAUGAAGAAAGUAUGAUUCGAACUGCUGUACGUGCUUUAACCUUGAAUGUUUACCAUGUUGGAGAUGAUGCUGUAAAUAAGUUUGUAUCAGGGGCUCCUCAUGCGAAUUAUUUUUUGAAUCUGGUCAAUUUUUUUCGAGAUCAGUGCAUCCAUUUGAACUUGGUGAUUUCAAGUGCUUCAAAAAAUCUGAGCAUGGAGUCGUCUUCCAUUCUUUCUGCUGUUGAUGAGAUAGAAGACAAUCUCUAUUAUUUUAGUGAUGUCGUUUCUGCUGGAAUUCCUGACAUAGGGAGGUUAAUCAUGGACAAUGUUUUGAGGCUUUUGAUAUUUCCAUUGAUUCUUCCUUCCUUGGGGGAUGAAGUAGUUAAGGAACCAAGUCUUGAUGCUGUCACUUCUUUAUAUUUACUUUGUUGCAUUUUGCGCAUAGUCAAAAUCAAAGAUCUGGCAAACAUUGUUGCUGCUGCUCUUCUAUGUUGUCCAGAGAUGUUAUGUGGGAAUUUUGAAGCUAAGUCCAAUGGUUAUUUAGAUGCAGCAGACGAAAAUACAGCUGAGAAUAACCAUAUUUCAGAGUCUCUUGCUGGAAGUUUGCAUGUUACUGUACCAACUUCUAAUUCUUCCCAUAACCAUGCACCAGGUGUUGUCUUGGGUCAUGAUUGUGGUGGUACACAAUUUGCUCCCAGGGAAUUUUUGCUUUCGUUUAUUACCAGCGGAGAUGAUGUUCAGGUUUCAGGCUCUUUAAAUGUCCUGGCUACUCUAUUGCAGACCAAAGAGCUGGAUGAAUCGAUGGUUGAUGCUCUUGGCAUACUUCCUCAACGCAAACAGCAUAAGAAGAAGUUGCUGCAAGCCUUGGUUGGGGAAGAUUCUGGGGAAGAACAACUUUUCUCUUCUGGAAGUAGUGGCGUUAAAGAGGGCAUCAGUAGUGAGCUUGAUAUUUAUCUAAGAAAAUUGAAGGAUUAUGUUGGAGUUUCCUGUUCCAGCCUGGAGGUCGGAGUGAGUCCUCGCGUGCACAGAUUUCAAGUGCUCGAUGCUCUGGUCAGUCUCUUUUGCAGAUCAAAUAUUUCUGCAGAAACAUUAUGGGAUGGCGGUUGGCUUUUGCGUCAGUUGUUGCCUUACAGUGAGGCUGAGUUUAACAGCCAUCAUCUUAGUUUACUCAAAGAAUCAUUUCACUGUUGUACGAAUCGUGUUCUGGAGGAGACGAAAGGUCCUUGGUCUGAUAUGUUGGUAACAGUUAUUUGUGAUGAGUGGAGAAAGUGUAAAAGAGCUAUCGAGUCUGCCUCUCCCCGAAAAGAUCCAAAAUGCAUGCUCAUGCCACCUUACAAGUCAACCUCUGAUGAUCUUCCUUCCCAUGAAUCUUCCAUUGCUGCGGGAGAAAGAAUGUGCGAGACAGUGAAGGUGUUUGCACUGCUUCAUCAUCUCCAUAUGUUCUCCCUUGGUAGAGUUUUGCCGGAACAACCUCCCGUACUCUCCACAAUAGUUCUUCCAGAAAAAUCCAGGGCAAAGAAUGCUGGAGUUGGUUCACCAGGACUAAAACCUAAUGCGGAGAUCACUCUUGUGGACGCAUUGCCUUGUCGGAUUGCAUUCGAGAGGGGAAAGGAACGUUAUUUUCAGUUUGUGGCACUCUCAACGGGAAGCACCGGGUGGCUUGUUCUUGCAGAGGAGUUACUUAUGAAACCACAACGUGGACUGGUCCGAGUUCUGGCACCGCUGGCUGGAUGUAAUCCCAGGAUAGAUGAUAAACAUUCAAGAUGGCUGCACCUCCGAAUCCGGCCGUCUUCAUUCCCAUUCACCGACACCUCCAAUUACACGGCCCGUGGGAAAAUAAGAUCGAAAGCUUUAGUGGAUGGGAGGUGGACUCUCGCAUUCCGGGACGAGGAAUCUUGCAAGCGUGCUUUGUCCAUGGUUCUUGAUGAAGCCAAGUUGCUAAGUGAUGAGGUAGAGAGAGUACUACAGCCUUUGCUCGACCUUGAAAGAAGUUUAGACGACUCACGUGUUGCUCGGUUUGUGGAGGACAACUCUUCCUGA